AUGUUAUCUGAUAACUUAGAAACAAAGAAACCGCCUCCUAAUUGGUUCAUUGUGCAGGACGUAAUAAAUCGACAAAUAGGUAGUAAUCCGUUAUUCCAAAGAAGAUUUUAUAGUUCUUUACAUGCAGUAAAUCGACUAGAGUUGAAGUACAAAUUCUGUGAUCUUGAGGAUUUUACUGAUGUGGAGGCCUUAAAUUUCAAUCAAAAAGGAAAUUUAUUAGCACGAGCCUCUGAAGAGUUAGUUUCCAUUUGGGAUUGGGCUGCAAGAAAAAAGCGUUGUUGCUUUUCAAGUGGCCAUAUUAGACUAAGACAGGCCAAAUGGCUGCCUUUAGAUGUAGAAAAUUUUAUGGUCACUUCUGGUUACGAUGGUUGUAUACGUUUAUUAAAUCUUGAAUACAACUCAUCGAAACAAUUAAUGCACUAUGAUUCAUCCAGUCCUGAUUCGCAACAUGGAUGUCCUUUUUCGAAUUACUGGUCAGUGGCUGUGCAUCCUGAAAUACCCUAUGUCGUGUUUUGUGCUGGACUCGAUUCGAUUUUAUCCAUAGAUAUCCGAGAGGAUACACCAAAAUUGCUUGAUAUAAAGAGCCCUCGAAAUAGUAAAUUAAAUAGUAUACAUUGUAAUCCUUCUAAUAGUAAUGAAUUUUGUGUUGGCGGUGAUUUUCCCUGCGUAAGGGUGUAUGAUCAGCGAAAUAUUUCGAAACCACUUUAUCAAUUAUGGACCACCAAGUAUAACAGGAAGGAUCGUGACGCCUUUGCAACAAAUACCAUGUAUAAUCACGAUGGAACAGAGAUUCUCACAUUGUGUAAUUGCUGUGAAAUAUUAUUAUUUGAUAAAUCAAUGUGGUCAUGUGGAGGAAAUUCGAAUCAUACAUUAUUUGAACGCCAUCAAUUUAGUUCUGUACCUGGUGAAAUGGACGAGAGACAUGUGAGUACUCAUCUUUGCUUAGGUCAUCCCCAUAUUCCUAUCCUUGCAACGGCAAGUGAGUCCGAUGUCCUGAUAUGGAUGCCUUCGAGUAAUAAAGAUCCAACAGAAUCAACAUUUAAGACUUAUCUUCAUGAAGAUUUCUACGACUUAAAUUAUUUAAGCGACGAUGACUACAAUGAUAGCGAUUAUUCCGACGAUUCCUACAGUGAGUCGGAAGAUAGUCACGUCCGAGGUGCCAGUGAAUCACCAGUGAAUCGCGGAUGGGAGGCGAUUUGCUUGACAGAUGAUACAAGUUGCGGCAGAUGGAGUAGAUGUGAUUGCCUAGCUGGGCUAUACUUUGUCAUCAAUCAUUUAACUAUUUUUUCAUAUGAUCCUUUGGAAAAUUCGAAUUUGAUUGAUCUGCAGUAUCUUACUGACAAAGGUAGUGGAUUUUUUCAUGUAACUGUAUCAUUUCUUGAAAUAUUCAAAGGUACCGCUGAUAUAACAAAUAGAUCAGAAUCAGAAACAUCAGCGACAUUAAAUGCUUGUUUAUAUUCUGCCUGGCCCGAUGAACCAUCACAACCCCAUUUCCAAGUCAUCAUCAAUUGA